AUGAUACAGGACGGGGACGGUCCCGGACGGGGUAUCACUCUGACACUAUCUACUGUAAGUUCUGAUAAUAAAUUACUUUUUUUCUUAGAUUAGGAAUUCUGAUUUUUUAAUAACAAUGGAGAAUUUUGUAGAAGGUCAAAUUGUAGUAGAAAUUAUUCUUUUCACUAUGUAACUCUGUCAAUUUUCGAUACAACCCGCGAUUGCCGCGAAAAGAAUUCGAAUAUUUUUUCCAACUGUAUGAAAUUUGUUGUUUUAAAAAGAACAUGCUAACCUUGUGCUACCCGAAUAAAUAUUGUAACAAUAUAUUAUAUAUAGAACCUUUUUCCCGUUUGCGCCUUGCCCAUUUAGGGUCAUUAUUUUAUUAGUUUAGGUUUAUUGGUGUAAGUUUAUUGACCCUAAUAAAGAUGAUUUUGAGUAACCUUGGUUUCAGAUUUUGCAAGUAGAUUUAUUUAAAUUUAUACUUUGUAGUUGAAUCCGAUCCUAUUUGUGUUUCUUGCAAUAAGCCGUGUGGGCACCACUCUUGCAAAUCUUGCAAGAAACCUUGCCAUGCUAUUACCUUGUGUUCUCAGUCUUGCGAAGAAGAAGGCUAUGGAGCACAAGUGAUUUGCAACAGUUGCAGCGAUACAAAUUCGACGAAAAAAGGCGGAAAAGCGGGGAAAAUAAUUGAGGAAUCAGGUACACAACUUUUGUAUAUCCAGUUAAUUUUAAGGUGGCUCAAUACAGUUUUUUAAAAAAAUGGAAAAUUCGCGAUUUAGAUGCGUAUUUUUGGACAAUCAUUACUUGUUGAUAAACAAAAAGUACCUUGCUUAUAUAAAACAACAUCUAAAUAGUUUCAAUUUUUACACAAAAGUUACUGCCGUUGCUAUGGCAACAAUGACGUUUCAAGAUGGCGGAUACUUUGGCUUUAAAGUGAUUUAACUCGUAAACGACAUCGGUGACCCCAAAAUUUUAUUAUAAAAAAUUAUUUCUCUUAGUAUAAUAAAUUAUUUUGACUGUCUAAAAAAAUCUGUGGAGCCAAAAAAAAAUUAUUAUGAAUUACCUUUACGAAAUUUAAAAAAAUUUGGCUCUACAGAAUUUUUUUUUAAUUGUCAAAAUAAUUGAUUAUACUAAGAGAAAUCAUUUUUAAAAAUAAAAUUUCGGGGUCACUGAUAUCAUUUACGAGUUAAAUUACUUUAAAGCCAAAAUAUCCGCCAUCUUGAAACGUCAUUGUUGCCAUAGCAACGGCAGUUGCAUAACUUUUGUGCAAAAAUUCAAACUCUUUAGAUGUUUAACAUAAGUAAGGUACUUUUUGUUUAUCAACAAGUAAUGAUGGUCCAAAAAACUGUAUUGAGCCACCUUAAUAUAAAUUGUGGUUGCAAAAUAACUAUAUAAUGCAUGAACAGCAUGAUGCUGCGUGCAUUUAAUGUUAGAGUAUAAUAGACUCAGCUAAGUUUUUUUACAGCAUUUAAGAAAUUAUUCAACAAGAGGCCGCCUGAAUUACCGGCCAAAGCGAAACCAGUGAACCGGGUUAAACAUGGUCACGAGAACACGCCUAUGCCAAUUUGCUUGAUUUGCUUUCGCAAAAAGGAAAAAAAGUUUUGGUUGCGUAGAUUUAAUGCUUCUACUAAGGACGGUCAUGCUAAAUCCAAAGCGCACCAACACGAAGAUAUACAAUUCGUGAAAGACCAGAUCGUGUUGGAACACUCCCCUGCUGCAAAAGAGGCUAUGGUGGUCUACCGGCGCACUAAUUCAAGGUAACCAAUAAUUAUAUAAAAAGCAUCCUAUUAACAAUUGUUUAAAAAAAUCUUCUAUAAAAGUUUGACUACGUUAAUGCGUCGAGACAUUUCCUCCUGGUAAACCUGUGAUGAGCUUUUUCAAAGUCAUUCUUGUCGUUGAAUAGCGCGAAUACCACAUAAUUAUAACCGCUAUACCUUAACAAUACUUUUGUAGUGGAAAUAGCACGGAUGAAACUAAAAGUACAUCAAUUAAGGAUUCCAGUCAUUCCACAUCUUCUGUUUCAUCUGUGGUAACAAUCUGUUUGGAUGGAGAUAAGAAUGUAACUGGAAGGUAGGCUACGAUUCUUUAGAAUAUUUCAUAUUCAGUAAGGCAUGUACAGUUCUGUUUCAAAACACUAAUGUAUGUAUGUAUUUCCAAAUUCUGAACUAUGUUGAGAAUAUAUUUAUCAUAUAGAGAUGACAAUGAUAGCAGACAAGUGACGGAUGUUCCCUCUUCUGUUGAUCCAGCAAGUUCUGGUGAUGCCAUUACAGAAAUUAUCAUUAAUAGGUGGGUGGUCAUAUGAAACUUAUUUUAAUUGCUUCUUAUCUGAGGAGUCUGCCAAAAUCUGGCAUAAGUUGAAGUCAAUGUAAAUGGGACCCUCCGGAGGGCGCUCUUAAGGCAAUUUAGCUACGUAGUUCGUGUAAAGUUGAUAUUUUCUUAUUCUGUUUUUUGUUGCUAGUACUAACAUAGAACCUGCUAUACGUGAAAAAAAAGACAAGGAAUUGGAUAUCAAUACAUUACCAGAUGUUAUGUGAGUAAUAUAUAAAGUCAAACUGCAUGAAGUUAAAAUCUGUAUGGAUGAUCCGGUGAAGUUAUAUGCAUGAUGCGGUAAAAUUAUAAAGGCCAUGGUAAACUUUCGAUAUUUUGAAUAACGAAAUACUGACGCAGUUUUAACGCCCAGUCUUUACCAAUGAACUGCGACGUCGCUGAGUUUAGCUUACAUGUAAAACGUCAAUAUUUUGUUGUCCAUUAUCUUAGCGAUACACCAAUUGCAAGUCACCAACCACCCCUUCAGUUUACCAGAAACACUACCUACAGUCUACAGAGUAUUUAUAUUAAAUUUGAAUCUCAUGCUAUUACGAAAUCAAUUUAAAUGGCGUAGCAGGUAGGUACAUCAAUUUAUGCAAUUAUCAUCAUUUAGGGGCCAGAUCAGUACUCAGGAGCUUCAAUCUCCAACCACGUCAUUUGAACCUGCACGCCUGUAUCAAAGUUCAAUUGCUAGCUUUCUACCAGAAACGGAAACAAGCACAAAUGAUCUGGUGGGGUUACCUUUUGAUUUGGAGUCACUUGCUGAGAAACUGGCUUCGAAACUUGCGCACAAAAUGAAUUCAGCAGCAAAAUGUAAACAUGUGACGGGUACACCAAAUCCGCAGGCUCAACCCUCUGCAAUAAAUGCUGGAAACCUACUUGAACUUUUGGAUGAAUUCCCACAGUUUGAGAUCAUUGGGGAGGAGGGCAGUCGCAUGUUGAGAUGCAGUACUUGUGCGGAAUUUUUAUCGUCUCCCAUAGCUUACUCGUCUUCAUUUCGACGACCAACUGGAGCAUCAUAUGGGGCUUUAUCCACUGGUCUUCAGCUGUCAGAGGAGCUAUAUCAACAAUUGGUUGCUGGUAAGUGCGAUAAGUGGUACCACCGGAAAGAACGUAUAGGUGAGCAUCUUGUCUCCAAAACCCAUACCGCAGCUCUUGAGCAUAUGAAGUCAGUGGAUCAAGGAAACACGAGGAAGGUUACCGUAAUAAAAAACCAACUUCGCACUGCUAUUGGAAUUGUGAAGUCGAAAGCAGCAGCAGUUCAGUACGAAGCCCGUAUAGCAGAACUUCAAGCAUCAGGGGCAGAUGUUGCGAUUUCGGCCAUUCACGAAAGCUCUUUCCAUCAAUGCUAUCCGCCAUCUGUGCCUACAUCGAUGAAAAGACUACUACCUUCCUUUCCACUCCUUUGCCAAACACAGGAAUGCUGCCACAUUUUUACGUAACUGCUGAUAAAUCCACGAAUCACAGAGUUACAAACCAGGUUACCUUAGUUUGUCCUAUCGUGGAUGGCGCACGAAGAGGAAUUGUACUGGACGCAGCUCAGGUGUACAGUAAUUCUGAUGCGACUGGUGGUGCAGGGGAUGAUCUUGCAAAGGCUAUAUUUCGUGACCUUGAGAAGCACGUUGGUUUAAAGGACGAACGUCUUUUCCAGAUGCAGGGAAAGGUAAUGGAUGGCCAAUACCUCAACGAACCGUUCAUAGCUGCUAUGAACAAACCCAUAAUGCGGCAGCUAGAAAACGAGCUUUCUUGCAAGGACAGGUUUUGGUGGCCAGCUCAGUGGGACCCGGCACACUGGCUGGAUAAAGUUUUUGCAAAGUUAAAGAAACCUCUUUUGUAG